UGUGAAAUGGGCGGUAGCAGUGGCUGAAGCUCUGUUUCUCCUUCUCAGAAGCUUUCAGACUUUCUUUUCCAAGAAGCCAUCUAUCCGGAACGAAGACAAGGCAAGGCAGAUAGCUUAGUGCUUGAGCUCUGGGAAGUGAUGGCAGGAGCAGAAUUGGGAGGAGAUGGUAUUGAGCUGGAGGAAACCUGUCAGAAUUGAAUAUAAGGAGACUGGAGCCAGUGUGGGGGCAAGGAAAUGAGGCUGGGACAUCAAGCCUGGAAGAGGAUGGAGGGGCCAGACUGUGUGGGUGGUGAGGGUCAUAACCAAAGUGGAAAUUGAAUUACCCCAUUAAGAAGAGUUCUUCACUUGCAGUCAAAACUCCAGGUUCAGGAGCCAGUGACUGCCUGCAGGUUUUUCUGAAUAUUCUCUAACUUUCUGUGGGACAAGUCCCCCAAAAUCAUGCUGGCUCACUGUUCCUCCUACUGCCUCCACCCCCACACUUAACUAGCUUCCUUUUUUAGUACAGUCCCAGAGUCUGGUAUUGGACAGGAGAGGAAACGGUGGAGGAGAAUCUGUGUUCUGCGAAAGGAGAGGAAAACGAGAAUAGUCAUGCCAGACUUGAAGAGCUCCUUGAUUCUCUCGGCCUACAUCAUUAUCUUCCUCACUGGUCUCCCUGCAAACCUCCUGGCCCUGCGGGCCUUCGUUGGCCGGGUCCGCCAACCCCACCCUGCACCUGUCCACAUCCUCCUGCUCAACCUGACGCUGGCGGACCUUCUUCUACUGCUGCUGCUGCCCUUCAAGAUCAUUGAGGCUGCAUCUAACUUCCACUGGUAUCUGCCUGAGAUUGUCUGUGCCCUCACAGGAUUCGGCUUCUACAGCAGCAUCUACUGCAGCACGUGGCUCCUGGCAGGGAUCAGCAUUGAGCGCUACCUGGGAGUGGCUUUCCCCGUGCAGUACAAGCUGUCCCGCCGGCCUAUAUAUGGGGUGAUUGCUGCUCUGGUUGCUUGGAUCAUGUCCUUUGGUCACUGCACCAUCGUGAUCAUCGUUCAGUACUUGAAACCGGCUCAGAAUGUCACAAAUAUAAGUGAAAUUACCUGCUAUGAGAACUUCACUGAUGAGCAGCUGGAGGUGGUGAUUCCUGUGCGGCUGGAGCUGUGCCUGGUCCUCUUCUUCAUCCCCAUGGGGGUCACCAUCUUCUGCUACUGGCGCUUUGUGUGGAUCAUGCUCACCCAGCCCCAUGUGGGGAUCCAGAGGCGGCGCCGAGCUGUGGGGCUGGCUGUCGUGACGCUCCUCAAUUUCUUGGUGUGCUUUGGGCCUUAUAACGUAUCCCACCUGGUGGGGUUUUACACGCAGAAAAGCCCCACGUGGCGAGCAGAAGCUGUGAUAUUCAGUUCCCUCAACGCCAGUCUGGACCCUCUGCUUUUCUAUUUCUCUUCUUCAGAUGUGCGCAGAGCCGUUGGAAAAGGGCUUCAGAUGCUGCGACAUCAGGGCUCCUCUCUGUUGGGACGCAGAGGCAGAGAGAUGACAGAGAUGACAAAUGGGGACAGGGGUGUGAGUCAAGCAGAAGGAGUACCGAGUUCUGACUUCACCACAGACUAGGGCUGCCCCUGGACCUUCAGAGGUGCUGGGGGCUAUGUAUGGGUUGAGCGGGCUGGGAGAGGGAGAAGAUGAGGGUUCUAGACCCAGGAAUCCUUAGACCAAUCUGUUACUGAGACUGUAGGAAUCUCUCUCACCUGCUGGAUAUUCCCUCCUGAUUGAAUUUUCCUUCCCAACAGAACACAGCUCCCUGACCAAAGAAGAAAUGGUUAGGCAUAGAAGCACAUGCUCUGGAAACAAGAUGGCUAAUACGAAUUCAAUCCUUGUGAGGUGGUUGGUAGCUGGGGAUGAUCAGACUGAAGCAGAGAAUCCUAUAGCAAUCUUGCUAUAAGCUUUGACAUCACACCUAGACACUGGCCUAGCUGUUGAUGCUAGAAAGAAGCCAAUGGGAAAGAGAUGGAAGAGAAAUACUAAAUGAGGUCAAAGGAGACUCAGGAAGGUUCUGACCCAAGGGAACUUGGAGGAGGGGCUGAGGGCUUGGUUGGGUCUCUAAUGCUUUCGAUUUCUAAUGUAUUGAUCAGACCUGAUGCUUUGUAACUAUGCUCCAGCCUUCUUCAUGUGUGUAUCUUGUCUCCUCCAUUAAACUGGGAACUUCUUGA